AUGUCGCAAACCUACAACCACUGGGCACCGUUUCUCCAGUACGGCAGCGCCUGGACAGCCUCUGCGGAAUCGCACAGCGUUGCUCGUCAAGGCCAGGGGUUUGAUGGUACUCUGACGAUCCCCUUCUACGGGCUCGGCGUUGGCGUCAACGGCAAUGUCGGCGGCGGUGGUAUGUCGGGACCCUCCACGGCCUCGGGUGCGACCUUGUCUCUGCAAAACACCCCAGACGUCAAACCUCAGAUGAUGGCCGACGCAUCGGUCGAGUCUGGCAACGUGCCCAACGUCGUCGCCAACCCUCUCCGUCACGAUGGGGACAUCGACCCGUUUUUCGGCGGUGGUAGGUCAGGCUGGACAGCAGACAGGACAAACAAUGCGGUUUCUGGGACCAAUGGAGCGACUCUUGAACUCGUCAUUCCUCCCAAUGUUGGCUACAUCGUAUUCAGCUCGACAUUCGGCCCUCAGAACGGAGAGCUCAGCAUAUCGUCUUCGCCUGAUCUCCCCUGGGUCCCAAACAAUGGAGCAUUCCAAACUCAGACGUCGUCGGGCUCGACUUUCUCCGCCCCAUUGUUUGCCACCCCACUCGACCCCACACAGAGCUACAGGAUUUCCAUCAGGGCGCCCCUCGGCACCGGCGUGGCAGGCUUGACUGGCGUGCAGCUGUACUCGUCGACCAACGCCCCGCCUGUUCUUCCCUCCCCGCCAUCACCUUCCACCCAUGGGAGCACAACAGGGUCAAGCACGUCUCCUGGCUCGUCGUCCGGCUCUGGUUCCGCUGCCGUAACAAAUUCCAACGGUGCGGUCACUACAGGCGGCGCCGGCGGCACUGGCAGCUCUGGCAACGACAACAACGGCAAGAAGAGCAGCACCAACAUUGGCGCCAUUGUCGGUGGUGUCGUGGGCGGCGUUGUCGCCCUCCUACUCCUCGGAGUCCUGGCCUUCUGCUGCCUGCGUCGUAGGCGAAAACGGUCCGACACUGAGACGACCAGCAGUGCCGAGCCCCUGGGCAGUACCGCCCUUAUGCCUCUCAAAGAAGCACCCGACACGCCUUCCACCGGCUACACCGAGAAACACUCGACCUCGCUUCCGCCCGUUGGCAACAAGAUCCUGUCGCCAGCCGGAAUCGCAGCUGCCAGUGUCGGUUCGGUCGUUAGUGGCACGGGCGGCAACCUUGGUGUCCCUCACGGCCUCAACCACUCCAACUCGCACUCGACACUACGACACGAGGGCGAGUCACGAGACGUGCUCGAGCAGUUCCCCGAGGUCCCUGGUGUCGCCGGCGCUGGCGGCAUGGUUGCCGUCGUCCCAUUGCGGCGCAAGGGCAGUGUGGGAACGUUUGGCGACAACGAGUCGACGGGCAACAUGUCUCGGUCGGCCUCGCACUCGUCGCUUUCGAUGCCCAACCUGGCACCCAGUGCAAGCAGCCACGGCGGGCACUCGACGCCAGUGACGACGGCUGUGCCUCUGGUCCACUCAAUACCUCCGGCCAUGGUCCAGUCCCGGGCAACACAAGUGCCAUCCACCGUCCCAUCAGCCGCGCCGUCGAUCAGCUCGCACUCGAUGGCGUCGAGCGAGUACGGCACCGCAGAGGGAGGGUACGACACGGCGCCCGAGGACGACUUCUCGCCGCCACGAGCGGGCGGCAUCGAGCGGGUCACGUCCCCUCUGGACGACAGCGAGGACUUUGACGCCGACGCCGAGGCUGCGAGGCUCAGAGGGCCAGGAGCAGCAUACGAGGACUGGCUGCGGCAGCCGCCCAGUCCCGGACGCGGCGCGGCGCGCGAGUGGCGCAACUCGAAACACCAAGGACACUAG